CCAAACCCAAACCCAAACCCAAACCCAAACCCAAACCCAAACCCAAACCCAAACCCAAACCCAAACCCAAACCCAAACCCAAACCCAAACCCAAACCCAAACCCAAACCCAAACCCAAACCCAAACCCAAACCCAAACCCAAACCCAAACCCAAACCCAAACCCAAACCCAAACCCAAACCCAAACCCAAACCCAAACCCAAACCCAAACCCAAACCCAAACCCAAACCCAAACCCAAACCCAAACCCAAACCCAAACCCAAACCCAAACCCAAACCCAAACCCAAACCCAAACCCAAACCCAAACCCAAACCCAAACCCAAACCCAAACCCAAACCCAAACCCAAACCCAAACCCAAACCCAACCAUCUCCUCACCAUGUAG